AUGACGCAACUCGAUAUCAUCAUUUCCUCACAGUCGUCUGCAACUGGCACCAGGGUCUCUUCGAAAGUCGACUUUGCUUUACAGAACAACUGCAACAACAACUUGGCUCGAUCACGGUCAUUGCUGGAUUGUGGCUUCCGCCUCGGCGACGGGAUCAGAUUCUGCGUCGUGCAUGUCACGAGUCCCUGUCCGGGUUCUAGACGGUUCCUGGACCAAUGCGAAUCUCCGGUCAAAUUUGUAGAUGCCACUCUGGAUCCAGAAGCAGUCAAGAUGACUGCCAAAGUGGCAUCUGCUCAUUGCACCAAUCUUGUUCUCUCUCCUUUGACCAGCAGUUCUCUGACAGAGUCGAUCGGGCCGAGGGCACGUCGAGACAACCGACAAGAAUACACGUUUCCAUGGUCGUGGGCGGAGCCGAGGCGUGUCGACAGAUGA